AUGGAGGACGAAGUCAAAGACUUGUUGGAAGAUCUGGACCUACAGACCCUUAUCCAUGCUGAUCUUCGGGAGAACCGACCUGAUGACAGUUUCGCUAUAGCGGAGGCUGCUGACAAGAUCAAGGAUCUGGAAGCCCAGGUCGCUCGGCUACUGGGUCAGGAAGAACCGGCUGCGGCUCCACGGACUCCCCCGGUGCCCAGAGUUGAUUACCCUGGUACACCGGCACCUGCGGCCACUCCAGAUGUUUCUCGCCACUCGUCCUCGGCUGCCCGUGGACAUCAUCGUCCUUCCUACAAUCUGGCUGUUUCUCCCUUGAGACCUGCUUCGCAAGACCGGGGUGGAGAUCCUCUGUCUGCCCCGCACUGGCCUUCCUCUGCCCCUUCUCCCUUUGGGGUUGUAUCCAAUCGGCCUGGACUACCUCUAACUAAUCCCUUGACUGCGCCUCGCAAGCGACCUCGGCAGGACUCAUUCGGCUCGUUGGCUCCUGCACAGACAUCGAAACGGGCGGUUUUUGACAACAGCAGAUCUCGAAUGGCUAAAAUCGAUGAAAGUAUGGAGACACAGCUAGUUCAGAACCGUCAAAUUUAUGAGGAUUUGCUAGGAGACGAGAAUGUGCAAUUCAUGGUGAACACGGAAAAUAUGUCGGAAGAGCAGGCUCGCGAAAAGAUCCUAAAGGACCGAGAGGAAAGUGAGCGAGAAAUCAGACAGCAGUUCCAGUUGGAAAAAGAUGGGGAACUUGCUCGACUUUUGCAGGCACAGCAGUAUGAGUCGAGUGAUGAUGAACGCGAGUUUUACCGGCGCCCUGCACCUAACCAGCUGGGUCAUGUCACUUCACCAUCCACAUUCAGUCCACCUGGUCGAACUUUGCCACGGCCAAUGUACAACCUCCCCGACCGAACCCAUCUCAGUGGGCCUUCGAAUGGCUUUUCGAAUAUGGGAGAGUUGAUGAAUCAUACCGAUCGCAAUAGGUUUGACUUUUCUUCCAAUCCUCCAAUACCGAUGCUAUCGAGGGGCGAGACGGGGCAUUUCCUACCGACGGAAGAUUUUGGUGCUCCAAUACCGACGCCAUGGCGGACGCCUCACAUACCUACAAGCAAUUUCGAUGAUGAUCUCCAAGAAAUCUCUCCGGACUAUUUUCACUCCCGGGUUGGAGAUCUGCUCCGUUUCGGUCCUCCGGCCAUGCCUGGCAGACAUCUUCCGUGGAUGCAUGAGCCCGAUCCUCGCGUGCGUGACAUAUACAUGCGUGACCCAUACAUGCGUGAUCCGAAUGCCGUGGGAAAAGCCAUGGAGCUGGUCCGUGACCAGGUGGACCUGGAUAUGGAUGACGAAGACUUAGUCCGCUAUGAGGAGAAAGACUUCCCCCAAGACAUCAAGAACCUGAUUACCGGCAUCAAGGAUAUUCGCGAUGCUACAAAGGCAGACAAAGACGACACGCCAAGCGGCCUUAAGGUGACACUGAUGAAGCACCAAAAGAUCGGGCUGGCCUGGAUGAAGGCCAAGGAAGAGAGCAGUCACAAAGGCGGAAUUCUCGCGGACGAUAUGGGCCUGGGCAAAACAAUCCAGGCCAUCGCUCUCAUGGUGGCUCGUCCAUCAACAGACCCUGAGCGACAUCCCGUUCUUGUUGUAUGUCCCAAAGCUCUCAUGGACCAGUGGCGAUUAGAGAUUCAUCGUCACGUCCGGCCCGGUAACGACCAGUUGUCUGUGUUCAUUUUCCACGACAAACAACGAAAUGCUCCAUGGAGAGAACUGAAAAACCAAGACGUCAUUAUCACAACGUUCGGUACGCUGACUGCCAACUUCAAGCUGAUGCUCCAUGCAGAGAAACUUGAGCACGAGGGCAAAGACGCAAGCGUGGUGAAGAAGAUUAAAGAACAGGCCACUCUCUAUCUUCCAAACAGCAAAUUCCAUCGAGUCAUCGUAGACGAGGCUCAGAAUAUCAAGAAUCCCUUGGCAAAAUCGACCAAGGCUUGCUCCCGCAUCAAUGCCACCUAUCGCUGGUGCUUGACCGGAACACCCAUGAUGAACCGACUCGAGGAUUUCCAGUCUCUGCUGGGAUAUCUCCGGAUCAGACCUUACAAUAACAAGGACAAAUUCAGGAGUACCUUCGUUCGACCGAUUAAAUCGGGGGGAGGAGGAGGUGAACAGGCGAUGGCCCAACUGCGCGUCCUCGUCAAGUCCAUAUGUCUUCGGCGCACAAAGGAAUCCAAGAUUGACGGUGAACCGAUUCUCCAACUUCCGCCCAAGGUUAUCGAACAGGUGCAUGUUGUGUUCAGUGAACAUGAGCAACAGAUGUACACGACUCUCAAUACCAACACGCAGAACCAAGUCACCAGAUACCUCAACGCCGGUACCCUGGGGCGGAACUACAGUCAUGUCCUGGUACUUCUCCUACGACUGCGACAAGCGUGCUGCCACCCUCACCUCAUGCAGGGGUAUAACGCCGAGCCCGCUACGACUGUCUCAGGUGUGGACCUGAUCGCCAACGCAAAAAUGCUGACCUAUGAAGUCGUGAGCCGUAUCAAGAACAGCGAAGAAGAGGACGACGGCACCUGUCCCAUUUGCAUGGACAGUGUUGGAAAUGCCGUCAUCUACAUUCCGUGCGGUCACUCCGUGUGCUCCGAAUGUUUUGCCCGCAUCUCCGAUCCCACAGUUCUGGCUCGUGAUGAUACAUCCGGCCUGAUCAAAUGCCAGAACUGCCGUGGCCCAGUCGACCCUGCUAAGAUCACCGAUGUGAACUCGUUCAAAAUAGCUCAUGAUCCAGACGCCGCGCCACAAGAUACUACUACUACUGCUGCUGCUGCUGCGGAAGAGACAGAGCAGUCCUCAAACUCAGAUUCGGACGAUGAUGAUUCUGACACCUCAACCGACGGAACAGCCAGGAGGCCCAAGAAAGUCUCGCUGGCCGAGCUCCGCCGGGCAGCCCAAAAGAACAAGCGCGAGAAAAGGAAAUACCUCCGCCGCUUGGAAAAAACCUGGGUUCCCAGCGCCAAGAUCGACAAGGCCACCGAGAUCCUGCAAGCCAACGAAGACAGCGGCCGCGGUGAGAAGACCAUCGUCUUUAGCCAGUUCACCUCCCUUCUGGAUCUGUUGGAAGUGCCCAUCAACCGACGCGGCUGGAAGUACGUGCGCUUCGAUGGCACGAUGAACAUCGCCGACCGCAACGCCUCCGUGGCUGCAUUCACCGAUGACCCGGACGUUAGAAUCAUGCUCGUCUCCCUCAAGGCCGGCAAUGCAGGUCUGAACCUCGUUGCCGCGUCGCAUGUUAUCCUGUUCGACCCAUUCUGGAACCCUUAUGUCGAGGACCAGGCUAUUGAUCGUGCCCACCGUAUCGGUCAGAGGAGAGAUGUAUUCGUGCACAGGCUGCUGAUUGAGAAUACUGUCGAGGAUAGAAUCGUCGAGCUUCAGAAUAAGAAGCGGGAGUUGAUUAGUGGUGCUCUCGAUGAGGGUGGCUCGUUCAAUGUGUCCCGCUUGGAUACUCGGGAGCUGGCCUAUCUCUUCGGCGUGCGCCACGACUGA